AUGGCGCCGUACGCAAAUUCGUCGGUCUGCCUGUCCGAACAAUGUGUUCAGGCAUCCUCGAUCAUAUACUCGCGUCUGAGUUCUAACUUCCAGAAUAUCGAUCCCUGCACAAACUUCGAGGAGUUGGUUUGCGGUGGCGUCCGAGAGCGCAGAGUGGUUCCUCAAUGGAUAAACCAUGUCAGGGAGGAGUUCGAUAUGCAAGACGAUACCUAUAUCAUAUUGAAGGGUAUCCUUGAGGCUCCAUAUGAAAAAUUGAAUACCUCCAAGCCUGCCGAUCAGGAGAACUUCGAGAGGCUACUCACUGGGUACAGCGCUUGCAUGAACGAAACCGCAAUUGCCGCACUAGGUGUUCAGCCGCUGGUGACAUUCCUCGGGAACGUUACUGAGAGUUUCCCAGUGACGGAAGAAGAGUACAAAAACCCUAAACCUUUUGGAUCGGCCGACUACAAGGCGUUCAGCGACACUUUUCUCUUUUUCCUUGAACAUGGUCAGAAAGCUUUCUUUGAGUUUAUGGUUGAUGUAGACCCCGAAUUUCCAGAUACCAUGAUUCCGAGCUUAUACCCUUCGGCCCUUGCAACCGCUGGUGUCUUCGGUGAUGAGAAAACUCGAUCGGAAUUUGAAAACGUUGUUGCGCAAACAUUUGCCAAACUCCUGCCCACAGACGAAUCGAAAUCCGCAGCCGGUGAGCUAGCUCGUAGCUUAGUUGACUUUCAGGAGAAACUUGCCACAAAUACACCGACUGUCGUACCUUUGGAUCAUAUUGUAAACUCGACGGUGAAGACUGCUACGCAGCUAGCCCCUGCAUUCGAUUUAUCGUCGGUGCUGUCAAAAAUUAGCCCCGCGCCCGUGGACAGAAUCAUAUUCCCUUACCCGGAAUAUUCUACUUGGCUCUCCCAGACUCUAGCCAACACCACCAAGCCGACUAUUCAGGCGUUUUUCUUGUGGCAAGCGAUUUUGGGCUACCAAGCUGCAGUCGAUGGGCCCGAACUACAACCGUUAAGAGCUCUUGUGAACUCUCUCCGCGAAAAGCCAGCCGGUUGGACCGAUGAGCGAUGGCGAACCUGCAUCACAGAGGCCGACCAGACGCAAGCGUGGAGUCUGAGCAAGCUUUGGACUGAUCGCAAGUACACGGAGGAAACUCACCAAACCGUCAAAGACAUGGCAACGAAAAUCCAGAACCGCCUCGCUAGUAACAUCGACAAAAUCGAGUGGAUGUCCGACAAGGUGAAGGCGAUAGCGAAGCAUAAGGUGGAAUCAAUCACCCAGAAGCUCGGUGUCCCCACUGAAAAGCCUAACCUUGCCGACGCCAACUCCGUCAAGGACUUUUACAACGGACUUGAGAUGACUGACUCGUACUUUAACAACAACAUCAACUGGUCCAAGUGGCAGGUUCAGAAGAAUGCCGCCCGUAUCAAGGACGGUAUGGGGAAGGGAGAAUGGGCCGUAGACUCAGCCCCAUCGGCCUUGACCAUGAACGCCUUCUACUCACCACUCGAGAACUCCAUUACCAUUAUCGCAGGCACGCUACAGGAAGUCGUUCUGGAUGCCGCUCUCCCCUCAUACAUGAACUACGGUGCCCUAGGCUUCAUCGUCGGACACGAGUACACGCACUCUCUCGACAGUUCCGGAAGGCUCUUCGACGAGCACGGCAAGUUAACAAACUGGUGGGAUGCCGAGAGCGAGGCCGGAUUCAACAACCGAACGCAGUGUCUCAUCAACCAGUACGAAACCAACAAAGUAAAAAUGCCUGACGGUAGCUUGAUGGCCGUAAACGGCACGAACACACUCGGUGAAAACAUCGCGGACACGGGCGGUGUUAACGUGGCCUGGGACGCGUGGCAGGACAAGCGCCGCGACGACCCCGCGUCCGACUUCGAUCUACCCGCCCUUAACGACGUCUUCACACACGAACAGCUCUUCUACGUGGCGGCUAGCCAGUGGUUCUGCGACAAGUCGAACGACCCGGGUAUCUUGGAGUAUAUGGGUGAUGUGCACUCGCCGCCAUGGAUCCGCGUCAAGGCCGUCACGGAAAACUCCAAGGGCUUCUUGAACGCUUUUAACUGCCCCAAGAAGGAACCCACCUGUGUGAUAUACUAA